AUGUUCAACGAGACUGAUAAUGCAGCUAGCAUGUUGGAGUCCGAUUUCAUUCACAAUCCUAAUACACAAUCCAGAGGUGAUCCUUCAUUUACAAAAGCUACAGCUCAAAUCAUCUCAAAUGUCGACGAUAAUGCUGAAGGUACAAAAGUUCAAUGCCGUGAACAUUCAGGAUGUGAAAGAGAGCGUCAAUCGCCAUCAUUUGAAAAACUACCCAGCGGGGAAGCUGGCAUUUUUCUGAAUUCGCAUGAUAGAGGUGAGACUGUAAUAGGAAUUUCUGCAGAUGAUGAUGGUCAGAUUAUUUUGAAUGAUACCGAAGUAGAAAAUAUUGGAGAUAAUCAAAUCCAAAUGCAAGAUUCUUUAGGGGAUGAAAGAGAACAGCAGCUCAUAUCACUUAAUCAACAACAACAGCCCAAGGAGUUGCGGCUCAGACUUCUAGGGGAUCAAUUUUCCUCACUAGUAGAACAGAAAUCAGCUUGA